AUGGGUUUGAUAUCCGCCGCUGUUCCCAGCUACGCGGCCUCGCAUCCUGACCAGCUCCUCCAACACCAUGAACAGGCCGCAGAGUUCUUCGCAGGCAGCGAAGACCGACACACUAACAACUGGGCCGUCCUCGCUUGCACGUCGCGGUUCUGGUUCAACUACCGCCAUAUUGCGAACACGCUGGCAAUCUACCGCAACAUUAAACGCCUCGGGAUUCCUGACUCGAACAUCAUCCUGAUGCUGGCGGACGACGUUGCGUGCAACUCCCGCAACAUCUUCCCGGCCACGGUCUACGCCAACCCCAAACGCCAGUUGGACCUGUAUGGCGACAGCGUCGAGGUCGAUUACAGCGGCUACGAGGUCACUGUCGAGAACUUUCUCCGCACCUUGACUGGUCACGGUGGUAAUGAGUUCCUCAAGUUCCAGGACAAUGAGGAACUCUCAGCGUUUGACGUAGCCGACGCUGUCGAGCAGAUGUGGGAAAAGAGAAGGUAUAACCGCCUUCUCUUCAUGAUCGACACGUGUCAGGCCAAUACCAUGUACUCGCAAUUCUAUUCUCCAAACAUUAUCGCGACAGGCUCGUCUGAACUUGGCGAGAACUCGCUUUCCCAUGAUAGCGAUUACGACAUUGGCGUUGCGAUCAUUGACAGCUUUACACACUUUGUUCUGGGAUAUCUCGAGGACAUGAACAAGACGUCACAGCUAAACCUCCAGCAGCUGUUUGACGCCUACGACCCCGCAGUUAUCCGGUCGAACGCCGGUGUGUCAACGCACCUGUCUCCCAAGUCUCCACGGGAACUUCUCCUAACCGACUUCUUUGGCGGUGUGGCACGCGUCGAGGUCUCGUCGACCUCGUCACCUGACGGCGACGCCUCCGCAACAGGGUGGAGGCCGGAGAAAGUCAGCGUAACCAGGGAAGAACCGCGGCACCGACAGUUCAAGGUGUUGCACGACCACAUGCCAACGACGUUGGAGGGCCUGGCACGGCCCGAUUCAGGCCUGCAAGCUGUGGGCAUCCUCUUCGGGGUGUUGGUGCUCGUGGGCGCGGGUUCGUUUGUAUACUUCCACCGACAUUAG